AUGGCAACAGCAGAUUGGCUUGUCUAUUCCCCCGAGCAUAAGGUACUUAUUUGCAAGAUCCACGGCUUUGCUGUAUCAGCCCUCUCGAGCCACCUAUCCAGACAACAUGCCGACCUUAGCUGCCAAGUCCGGAAUACAAUUAUUGCCGAAUACAACAUACUGGAGCUGGACCGCCCUUCGAAUGCCAAUUUCCAAUAUGGACCCGCCAAUCCAACUGCAGCUAUUGACGGCCUCACCGUUCACAAGGGCCUUGCGUGCCAAGACUUCCAGCAGUGCCGGUUUAUGUCCACGAGCCGGAAGAGGCUGAAGGUCCACUGUAAGGAAGAGCAUCAGUGGCAGGUCAGCCGGGCCGAUCCAACCCACUGGUCCAAGGUAAAGCUGCAGACCUUCUUCACCGUGCCCGGCAGCGCUAUCCACUACUUCUGCGUCACCACCGGGCCGCCCCAGGCCAAUGCUGGAGAGGAGGUGGAUUCAGACAUGGAUGCCGAGGAGGCACGCGGCGGCGGCGGCGGCAGACAGCAGCAGGAUUCCAGGCUGAUCGCCGAGAUCAAGGAGCAGUGGGAGCACGAGCAGAGCCGGCAGGAGGAGCUGCAGAGGGUGCUCGCGGAGGGCAUCCUGAGGCACGAGACGACGACCUGGCUCCGUCGGUCCGGGUGGACCGCCCACUUCAACGGCCGAGACCUGCACCGGAUCCACCUCUGCAGCCGGAUGCCCGGGCCCGAGGACGAUGUGCUCCAGAGGCUGACGGCCAACCUCGACCACCUGUUCUUCGAACGAUGCGUGGACGGCCUGAAGAGCAUGCCGCUGAUGACACGCCUGCUCCUGGCCAGCCCGCACCCUCACGACGCCCACAGCCGGCC